AUGUCAGCCAGCAAGCGAAUUGUCAAGGAGCUCACGGAAGUCACCAGCAAUCCACCAGCUGGAACGAAGGUGCAGCUUGUCGAUGAAUCCGACGUUCACGUGUGGGAGGUGUUGUUGGAUGGCCCAGAGCAAUCAGUCUACGCAGGCGGUCACUUCAAGCUCCUCCUCACGCUUCCCAAAGACUACCCUUUCAAACCGCCAGUCCUGAACUUCCAGACCAAGAUUUACCACCCCAACGUCAGCAACGAUGACAAAGGCUCUAUGUGCCUGGGCAUGCUGCGCAGCGACGAGUGGAAGCCUCCCAACAAGCUUAUGGCGGUCAUCAACAUGGCGCGGAACCUCCUGAUCGAGCCAAACCCGGACGAUGCUGUCGAGACGGCCAUAGCGGAUCAGUACAAGAGCAACCGCCAGGAGUUUGAGAAGACCGCGAGGGACUGGACCAAGAAAUUCGCUGGGAGGAAGUAG